AUGCCCUCAACAUCCAAUUUUGUUAGGUCCGCUGUUUCGAAAUAUAAAUUUGGAGCACAUAUGUCAGGUGCCGGAGGGAUAUCCAAUAGCGUGACAAAUGCAUUCAACACCGGUUGUAAUUCAUUUGCCAUGUUUUUAAAGUCCCCAAGAAAGUGGGUCUCCGCACAGUAUACACAGGAGGAAAUAGAUAAAUUCAAAAAAAAUUGUGAAACCUAUAAUUACAAUCCGCUAACUGACAUCUUACCGCAUGGCCAGUAUUUUAUCAAUUUGGCAAAUCCAGAUAAGGAAAAGGCAGAAAAGAGUUAUGACUCGUUCAUGGACGAUCUGAACAGAUGCGAGCAGCUAGGCGUUGGUCUAUAUAACUUACAUCCGGGCUCAACUUUGAAAGGCGACCAUCAAUUGCAAUUGAAGCAACUAGCCUCAUAUCUUAACAAAGCCAUUGAGAAAACAAAAUUUGUUAAAAUUGUCCUGGAAAAUAUGGCCGGAACCGGGAAUCUGGUCGGAAGCUCACUAGUGGAUUUGAAAGAGGUUAUUGGAAUGAUUGAUGACAAAUCAAGAAUCGGCGUCUGUAUAGAUACGUGUCAUACAUUUGCUGCAGGCUACGACAUCAGCAGCACUGACUCGUUUAAACGUUUUUGGAAAGAUUUUGAUGAAGUAAUAGGGUUCAAAUUUCUAAGUGCUGUCCAUUUAAAUGAUUCUAAAGCUCCCCUGGGCGCAAAUAGGGAUUUACAUGAACGCUUGGGUCAAGGUUAUCUGGGUAUAGAGGUCUUUAGGAUGAUCGCGCAUUCUGAGCAUCUACAGGGUAUUCCUAUUGUCUUGGAAACUCCGUACGAGAAUGAUGAAGGCUAUGGUAAUGAAAUAAAGCUGCUAGAGUGGUUGGAAUCCAAGAGUGAGAGUGAGUUGUUAGAAGACAAAGAGUACAUAGAAAAAAAUGAGACGCUGCAGAGAUUGGGUGCUAAAUCACGUAAAGAUCAGCUCGCUAAGUUUGAGGUUAAGCAAAAGAAGCAAACCGGCAAGAGAAAGAAGGCUACUUCAAAACCAGACGAUAAUGAUAUCUUGUCUCAAAUGACGAAGAAAAGAAGGACCACGAAAGAUUAA